AUGUAUUCCCCCAUCACUUACGCCUUCAUCGGCGCUCCUCUCAUCGUUUCGGCUGCCGAUAUCCCCGCGGAUGCUCCCGCGGAUGUCACGGCUCCCGCCAUUCUUGGGUCGCCUGUUCCCAUGGCUCCCAUCCCCCUUGAGGCCAUUCCUUUCCCCGUUGGAGGUCCCUUCCUGCCGGGUGUCCAGGACGACAAUGGCGAUAAGCAGGACGCCUCAGCCUCGGGCCUUCCUUUUCAUAUUGGCCCCCCUUGGUUGCCUGGCGUCCAGGACGGAGAUGGAGAUGACCAGGAUGGGGUCUACAGCAUCUGGCCCACCAACCUUGACGAGUGGAAUCUCCCGGUCACCACUACCUCUGACGCUCCUGCUGAGGGCACUCCCCUUUACGGAACUCCCUCCGUGGUCACCGUCACUGUUACCUCCACCUCUACCAUAGAUCCUAACCCAUCUUCUUCGGAAGCUGUCAUUCCCAUCAUCCCGGUCGAUCCUCUUCCGGGAAGCAGUGCCGCCGAGGCCGCUCCCACUGCUCCCGAGAGCUACCCUGAUGACGGAGCGUCGGUCGUCCCCGCCGUCCCGGCCGUCCCCAGCGUUUCGAAUGCUCCCGUUCACCAUUCGUCUCAUGCCCCCGCUGUCUCGGCCGCCCCGUCUUCGGGAAGCAACCGCAGCGGCACCGGCACUAGCACCGCGUCCCGUACUCGUCCUUCUAAGCAAUCCGACGGUAAGGAUCAGGAUGGCGAGGGUGUUGGAAAGUCUGAUGAGGGUGAUGAAUCUGCCUCUGCUCGCAUUGGAUCCCCUACUGGCCUCUUCGUGGCCUUUGCUGUCGUUGUCGCAGGUAUGAUGGCUGCUUGA